AUGCUUCAUCAAAUUCCCUCACUUGGCUUCGGCACUUUCCAGGUUGACCUACAAGCUGACCCCCAACAGGCCGCCAAAGAUGUCACUUUGAAUGCACUUAAGACAGGGUAUCGCCAUAUUGACACGGCCUUUGCGUACGGGAACGGACGGGUAGAAAGGGGUGUCGGUCAAGCCAUCCAAGAGAGUGGAAUUUCCAGAUCAGAAAUAUUUCUGGUGUCAAAGCUACACAACACGUUUCACGAACCGGAUGCUGUCGGUCUUGGAUUGGAGCGGACUUUGACAAACCUACAAGUCGCCUAUGUGGAUCUCUAUCUCAUGCAUAAUCCGUUUGCUUACUCCCACAAUGAGAGAUAUGAAACUCUUCGGAAGGAAGACGGCUCCAACAAGCCGGUUAUUGAUUUGGAAAUGUCCCGUCGCUAUCCGGACACAUGGAAGGCCAUGUACGAACUUUUGGCGACUGGAAAGGUCAAGCAUAUAGGUGUUUCGAAUUUCAACAUUCUCAAGCUGCAGCGUCUGAUGGGUGAGACUGGAAUAGUUCCUACAGCCAACCAAGUCGAAUUCAAUCCAUACUUUCCACAGAAAAAGCUCUUAAGCUUCUGUCAAGCCCAUGGGAUUCAACUAGUUGCCCAUAGUCCCCUAGGCGGUGCUCCUGCCCCUGCAGUCGUGGGCCGCGAAUCAAAUGGUCCUCUGCAAGACCCAUAUGUCAAUACUCUUGCACAGAAAUAUAAGUGCACGGCCGCGCAAGUCAUCCUGAGCUGGAUUCUUGCACGGGGAGCUUGCGCCGUACCAAAAUCCAAGAACAUAGAUCGAAUGAUCGAGAAUCGGAACUGCCAUAUCCCGUUGGAAGUCUUGGAAGUCGAGCAGAUGUCGAACCUCGUGGGCCGGAACGAAGAGUACGCAGUUCGAAAUUUGCAACCUAAGGAUCAUAUCGGGUUUAACAUCUAUGAUGAAGAACUUGAUCAGCCGGUGUAA